AUGCCCCGAUGGGGAAGACCACCGGGGGCACGAAUGGGGAGACACAAUGGGGGACGAGCGCAGUGGGAGGAAGAUACUCGAGUGAAGGAGAUUAUCAGCGAGGAUGACGAUGUGUUUGGGCGGGAGCUGGUACGAAAUGGUCGCUACCCGUGGCAGCAGGAAUACGGGGGGCGAGUGCCGCGGCGGCGGUUGGAGUAUGAGGAUCUGACUGACGAGGCAGAGUCGGUGCUGGAUGGAGGGGACUACGAUCUGUAUGAACAUGGGGACAGUACGGUGGCUUAUGCAGUUCAGCUGGCCAUGCGAGACAAAGAGGAUCAGCUGGUGGACACGGCGCUGGAGCGAAUUCGCCGGGCCCAAAUUCUGGGCAAAAAGAACGUCCGGCUUUCAAAACGGGAGCUAGCGGCAUUGGAGCGCAAGCGUCAACAGACGGACAACGCAAGUGCUGGCGCAAGUGGUACUAGGUCAGCGCGCAGUCGACAAGGGAGUGUGAGCAAUUCACGGCCAUCGUCCCGACGAAACGGUCACGCUGUACCCCCCGAGCAACCAGGGGCCUACCCACCCUUUGCCCCUGAUGCGGGAUGGAAUCGAAAUGCCGGUCCCCAUGGUCGGCCAACCAGUUCAUCCUCGACCAAUCGUCCACGCACCCCGACGAUGCAAUCUUUGCGCCCGCAACAGUCCAACUCCCCGCUCCGACCGCCCUACUCUCCGUUCACUGAACGUGUACCUCCCAACAACCGUCCCCAGUCGAUGCAUCCACCUUCCAUGUAUGCCCGACCAUUGCCAGACGACCCCAACUGGGCGCCACCGUAUUACAAUCCCAUGCAAAUGAGUCCGUAUGCGGUGGAACAGCCUCCCUUCCAGCCUCAGCUGCCUACAGACCUUCGUGUGGGGCCUCAAAGCCGUAUGAGCUAUGUGGCGGGGAUGUCCCCGAUUCAAGCCCAACAUCGACAGUCGGUCGACGGGCGCCAAUCAGGUCCAUCGCAACCACAACAUACUCCUCCUCCGGAGAGUGAGUCAGAGGAAUCCAGCGAGGAAGAAACAGGAAGUGAUGAAGAUUCCGAUGUCCAGAUCGUGAAAGUUGUGGAGCGUCCGCCUGGUCUCCAAAGGCGUCCUGUUGCGAGAGCUGGCCGAGGUCGUCGAAGCAGUUGA